GGUCCCAGCUAUUGUUUUCCACCACCUCCUUGCCUCCUGCCUGGAAUUCAGGAUCUUUCCUGAAUUUUGUCCUCUCCAGAGGGGACAAAAAGUGUCCUGACAUGCAUCCCCAUUCUCCGGCCAUGGGGUCAGUCACUCAGGAAUCUCCCCUUCCUAGGAGGUGGCCUAGGGGUCCCUCCAAUCACCCAAGAGGGGCCCCAGGUACUAUUUUUGCCCAGCCCUCAGCUAGGAGUUAGAAUUCGGGCUCUUCUAUCCAGCUGGGCAACAGGUAUACUGACACCUGCCCCGAUUGUCCUGGCUAUGGGAUCCAUGGAUCCCCUGCCCCCACGGGUCCCACAUAUUAUUUCCCCACCUCCCUCUCUAGCUUUAGGAACUGGCAUUUGGGAACACAGGUGUUUGGCCAGUUGCUUUCACCCUAGAACUGUGAAGUCUGGCAUUCUGGUGGUCUCUUCCCCAGGAAGCAAGCCGGGGGUGCCCCUGAGCUCCCCUAAGAACCCAAGAGGACUAGCAGAUGUGGUUUGCCCCCCGCCCUUAUCCCUCAGAUACAGGCUGCUCAACUCAGGAUACUGCCUCUCUAGGAGGACCCAAGCUUCCCACGAGAGGAGGAGUCCAGGAUGGAGAGAGGGGCAGAGCCAUGGAGUUGGGUACUGGAGACCUCUAGUGCCGGGUCCCAUGACUUCCGUCCAGGUGUGGGGCUGAGAAGGGAGGGGCCCCCAUGUCCCACUAGGAUCCUUCUCCCUGCCCAGGAUCCUGCCCCAGAAGCAGCUGGCACUUCCACACCUAGGAUGCGGCGCUCGGUCCUGGUCAGGAACCCAGGCCACAAAGGCCCAAGACCCACUUAUGAAAAGCUUGACUCAGACUCAGAAGACCUGGACCCCAACCCAGAAGAGCUUGAUCCGAUUUCUGAAGACCCACAUCCUGACCCAGAAGACCUCAACACUGUCUCUGAAGAUGCAGACCCCAGCUCUGAAGAUCUGGAGCUGGUCUCCGAGGAUCUGGACCCCGAUGUGGAAGCACCCAGCUCCAUUUCGGGGAACCGUGACUCGGAUCCCCAAGAUCUCGAUCCCAUGUCGUCGAGUUUUGAUCUCGAUCCAGACGUCAUCGGCCCUGUCCCUCUGGUCCUCGACCCUAACAGCGACACCCUCAGCCCCCCAGAAGCCCCAGACCUAGACCCCCUCUCAUCCAGCCUCACUGCCACCCCGGAGGGUCUGACCACCAGCCCCGCGGUGCUCCCCGCACCUGCCAGCCCGCCCCGACCCUUCUCCUGUCCUGAUUGCGGGCGAGCCUUCCGCCGCAGCUCAGGGCUGAGUCAGCACCGCCGCACCCACAGUGGCGAGAAGCCCUACCGCUGUCCCGACUGUGGCAAGUCGUUCAGCCACGGCGCCACGCUUGCCCAACAUCGGGGCAUCCACACGGGCGCGCGGCCCUACCAAUGUGCGGCAUGCGGCAAGGCCUUCGGCUGGCGCUCCACACUGCUGAAGCAUCGCAGCAGCCACAGCGGCGAGAAGCCGCACCACUGCCCGGUGUGCGGCAAGGCCUUCGGGCACGGCUCGCUGCUGGCGCAGCACCUGCGCACGCACGGUGGCCCGCGACCGCACAAGUGCCCGGUGUGUGCCAAGGGCUUCGGGCAGGGCUCCGCGCUACUGAAGCACCUGCGCACGCACACGGGGGAGCGGCCCUACCCGUGCCCGCAGUGCGGCAAGGCCUUCGGGCAGAGUUCAGCGCUGCUGCAGCACCAGCGCACGCACACAGCGGAGCGCCCCUACCGCUGUCCCCACUGCGGCAAGGCCUUCGGCCAGAGCUCCAACUUGCAGCACCACCUACGCAUCCACACAGGCGAGCGCCCCUACGCCUGUCCCCACUGCUCCAAGGCCUUCGGGCAGAGCUCGGCGCUGCUGCAGCACCUGCACGUGCAUUCCGGAGAGCGCCCCUACCGCUGCCAGCUCUGCGGCAAGGCCUUCGGCCAAGCCUCCAGCCUCACCAAGCACAAGCGGGUGCACGAGGGUGCCGCCGCUGCAGCCGCUGCAGCUGCCGCCGCCGCUGCUGGCCUGGGGCUCAGCCCUGCUUCGAUGUUGAGGCCCGGGCAGGUCUCCCUCCUCGGGCCUGAUGCUGUCUCUGUGCUCGGCUCUGGCCUGGGCCCCAGCUCAGGCCUGGGCCCUGACCCUGGCUCUAUGCUGGGCUCCCUCCCCAAACCUGGCCCCAAAGCUGGCCCUGGCGCCAGAUCUACCCCCACCCCUGUUCCUGUCAAGGCUUCUGACCCUAAGCCUGGUCACGAUUCCAAUCCUGACCUUGUGGCCAGUCCUGACCAGGGAUCUGUCCACAGCCCAGACCCAGAUCCUGUGCCCAGCCCCGACCCCAACCCUGAGACCCACCCUGACCCUAGCUCUCCCACUCAUGACAGCCCAGCUCUCCCUCUUGGUGAGAGUCCUGAGUGGGUGCAGGAGCGAGGUGCACUGCUGGGGCCCGAUGGCUAAAGGGGAGGCUGGCACCCACAGGGUCUGGGGAAGUUGUGUGUUGUGCAGUUAGUAAAAUCCUCCCACUGCCUCCUGGCUCCGU